AUUCCACCUCUGCUCAAAUAAAACAGCUGUCUGGAGUACCUCUGACCGCUGACGUCUGAACAGUUGUGUGUGUCGUGGAGUGUAUCGUCAACUCAGUGUACAUAAAAAAAUAUAAAAUUCCAGACCUUUACAUUCUUCCAAAACUCCAUCCACCAACAUAUAUGUAAUAAUCAGAAUAACAAAUCAACCCUUGACCUACCAAAACAUAUUCAAUACUGCGUCAUGUAAAAUGUAAAUAAUUGUUCUCCAACAAAUUAAUAUCAUAAGUCUGAUUAAGUCUAUAUAUUUAUUGAGUCAAACAUAUUGUGUUUUUUUUUAAAUUUUUUUUUGUUAUUGUACAUUGAAACGAGAUACAUAAUAAAUAAAAGAAAAGAAGUUGAUAUACCGGCUUUAUUAUGUCUAUUUUACGUGUGAAAAUGAUUUAAUUUCUCAGUGGUUACGUGAUUUUUAUUAUUAUUCAAUUACUUUCUUUUCGUUAAUCUGGAUACGCGAAAUAUAAAGUAAUAAAGAUGACUACAAGGGAGCUGUACGUUAAGGGUGGUAGAGUAUGGAUUCAACAUCCAGAAAAAAUUUGGGAAGGUGCUGUUCUUGUUGAAGAUUAUCAAUCAAGUAAUGGUACUUUAAAAUUUUGCCGAGAAGAAUCAAAUAAAGUUGAUUGUAUUGAAAUAAAAACCGACAAUGAUCUUCCACCUUUGAGAAAUCCCGAUAUUCUUAUUGGUGAAAAUAAUUUAACAUCAUUAUCAUUUCUUCAUGAACCAGCUGUACUUUAUAAUUUACAAAUAAGAUUUCAACGUCAUUCGAUAUAUACUUAUUGCGGUAUUGUUUUGGUUGCGUUUAAUCCCUACAAUGAAUUACCAAUAUAUGGUAAUGAUACAAUUUGGGCAUACAGAGGACAGGCAAUGGGUGAUUUGGAACCACAUAUAUUUGCUGUUGCUGAAGAGGCAUAUACUAAACUUGAAAGAGAAUCACAUAAUCAAAGUAUUAUUGUAUCUGGUGAAUCAGGAGCUGGUAAAACAGUAUCAGCAAAAUAUGCAAUGCGUUAUUUUGCAACUGUUGGUGGUUCAUCAACUGAGACACAAAUCGAAAAAAAAGUAUUAGCAUCAUCACCACUUAUGGAAGCAUUUGGUAAUGCUAAAACUACACGUAAUGAUAAUUCAUCAAGAUUUGGUAAAUUUAUUGAAAUACAUUUUAAUAAUAAAUAUAAUAUUAUUGGUGCAAGUAUUAGAACAUAUUUAUUAGAAAAAUCACGUGUUGUAUUUCAAGCGAAUGAUGAAAGAAAUUAUCAUAUAUUUUAUCAAUUAUGUGAAGCGGUAAAUAAAACAAAAACAAUGAAAGAUCGUUUAUCAAUAUUACAAAUUAAUGAUGGAAUGAAUUUUAAUUAUUUAAAUCAAGGUAAUAAUUAUUAUAUUGAUCGUCUUGAUGAUUCAUUAACAUUUCAAGAUACAGUUGCUGCACUUGGACGUCUUGGAUUUGAUGAAAAACAACAAGAUGAAGUAUUUAAAAUUCUUGCUGCAAUAUUACAUAUUGGUAAUAUUAAUAUUAUUGAACAAAAUAAUCAAAAUAAUAAUCAAGAUACAGAUGGUUGUUUUAUUGAUAAAAAUGAUAAAAGUUUAAAUAUAUUAUCAAAUUUAAUUGGUAUUGAUAUAUUAGAAAUGAAAAAAUGGCUGUGUCAUAGAAAAAUUGUAUCAAUGAAAGAUGAAAUAUUAAAACCAAUGAAUGUUGAACAAGCAAUUGGUGCACGUGAUGCAUUAGCUAAACAUAUUUAUUCUGAAUUAUUUAAUUUUAUUGUAUAUGGUAUUAAUGAAUCAUUAAAAAGUAAAAAUAAAUAUGGUUCAUUCAUUGGUGUAUUAGAUAUAUAUGGUUUUGAAACAUUUGAAAAAAAUUCAUUUGAACAAUUUUGUAUAAAUUAUGCUAAUGAAAAAUUACAACAACAAUUUAAUCAGCAUGUAUUUAAACUUGAACAAGAAGAAUAUUUAAAAGAAGAAAUUGAAUGGACAUUUAUUGAUUUUUAUGAUAAUCAACCAUGUAUUGAUUUAAUUGAAACAAAAUUAGGUAUAUUAGAUUUACUUGAUGAAGAAUGUCGUAUGCCAAGAGGAUCAGAUGAAUCAUGGACUGAAAAAUUAUAUAUUAAAUGUAAUAAAUCAAAACAUUUUGAUAAACCAAGAUUUGGAACAAAUUCAUUUUUAAUUCAUCAUUUUGCUGAUCUUGUUGAAUAUGAAACAUAUGGUUUUUUAGAUAAAAAUCGUGAUACUGUUAUUGAAGAACAAAUUGAUAUAUUACGUACAAGUGAUAAUAAAUUAUUGCGUCAAUUAUUUACUGAUUGUUUACCAAAAUUAACUGUACCAAAUCAAUCUAAAAUUAAAAUAUCAGCACAAAAACCAAUACAACAAUCAUUGACAAUGCCAAAACAAAAUAAAAAAACUGUUGGUUCACAAUUUCGUGAUUCAUUAAAUGCAUUAAUGUCAACAUUAAAUGCAACAACACCACAUUAUGUACGUUGUAUUAAACCAAAUGAUACAAAAGAAGCAUUUGAAUAUAAUCCAAUACGUGCAAUGCAACAAUUACGUGCAUGUGGAGUAUUAGAAACAAUUCGUAUAUCAGCUGCUGGUUUUCCAACUCAAAGAACAUAUUUUGAAUUUUUUCAACGUUAUCGUUGUUUGUGUCCAUUUAAAAAAAUUCAACGUGAUAAUUUACGUGAAACAUGUCGUAUAAUAUUAUCAAUUUAUAUUAAAAAUGAAGAUAAAUUUAAAUUUGGUAAAACAAAAGUAUUAUUUCGUGCUGGACAAGUUGCUUAUUUAGAAAAAUUAAGAGGUGAAAAACAACGUGAUGCAUGUAUGAUGAUACAAAAAAUGAUACGUGGAUGGAUAUAUAAAAAUCGUUAUAUAUCAAUUAAAAAAUCAAUACUUGGAUUACAACGACAUUUAAGAGGUUGUUUAGCUCGUAAAAAAGCAAAUAAAAUACGCCAUGAACGUGCUGCAAUUAAAAUACAAAAAUUCAUACGUGGAUGGCUAGUUAAAAGAAAAUAUAUAAAUAUUAAAAAAACAAUAAUUGGACUUCAAAGAUAUUCACGUGGUUAUUUAGCACGUAAAAAUUAUGAAGUACUUAAAGAUAAUGCAGCAGCAUUGACUGUUCAACGUUUUGUACGUGGAUAUUUAGUUAGACGUGCUUGUCAGCAAAAAAUUAAAAAUAUAAUUAUUGUACAGUGUACUGUAAGAAAAUAUUUAGCUAAAAAAAUAUUUAAAAAUUUAAAAAAAGAAGCAAAAAGUGUUGAACAUGUUAAAUCACUUAAUAAAGGUCUUGAAAUGAAAAUAAUAUCAAUGCAACAAAAAAUAACUGAAAUAAAUAAAGAAAAUAAUGCAUUAAAAAUUGUACAAAAUGAAAAUAUUGAUUUAAAAUUAAAAUUAGAUAAUAUGAAAACAUAUGAAAUGGAAAAUAAAAAAUUAAUAAAUAUAUUAAAAUUAAAAGAUAUUGAAUUAUUAAAAAUGGAAGACAUAAUAAAAAAAGAACAAGAUGAAAAAAUGGAUUUAUUAAAUGAAAAUGAAAAAUUAAAACAAAAUAAAGAUAAUGAGUAUAAAAAACUAUUUGAAGAAACUGAAAAACUUAAGAGAGAAUUAUCAAUUGCAAAUGAAAAAGUUAGUACAAAUCAAAAAGGUGCUGAAGAAAAUUUAAAAACACGUCUUGAACAAGAAAAAGAUUUAUUAUUACUUGAUCAAGAUCAGGAUCGUGGUGCUUAUCAAAAACUAUUAAAAGAUUAUCAGGAGCUAGAAGAACAUGCUGAAAUAUUAGAACGUAAACUUGCAUUACAUGUACCAGGUCAUGCAAGAUCAUUAUCAAAUGCAUCAAGUACUGGUACAUCACAACAAGCAGGUGAUGAUCAAAAUAUUGAUUUUGGUUAUGGUUCAGUAAGAUCAACAUUGUCAUCAUCAACAGCAUAUUCACGAGUUGAAACAAUUGAUUGGAAUCAAAGAAGAUCAGAAAGUCCUCCCGAAAUUGAUGGACAAACAACAAAAUUACCUCAAGAUAUAAAUAGUACAAAUGAAAAUAUUCGACAAGCAUCAAUUGACAUUGGACUUGUAUUAAAACUUCAACAAAAAUUAAAAGAUGUUGAAAGUGCUAAUGGUCGACUUGUAAGAAUGGUUGAAGAUCUUGAAAAAGAUUAUCCAGAAGAUUUAUUAAGAACACAAGAUGCAUUCAGACUUCAAGAACUUGAAAUGGAAAAUUCACAAUUGAAAAAUAAUUUAAAUGCACUGAGAAAAACUGUUACUGAAGCUGAUACAUCAACGGUACAACAAAAUUUAAUGGAACAAUUUGAAGCAUUACAAGAAGAACUGGAAAGAAGACGUGAAGAAUGUAUACAACUUCAUAGUGUACUUGCUGAUAAUACAAAAAGAAUGAAAAAUCUUGGUUCAAAUUAUGGUAGAGAUGUUGAUAUUGUCAAUGAAGAUGGUGAAUUAAUACUUGCUUUUGAAGCACAAAAAAAAAUUAAUCGACAACUUGAAGAUGAAUUACAAAGUAAAGAAAAAGGCUGGAGAGAUCAGAGAAAUGAAUGGCGUGAUGAAAUUGAUAGACUUCAAGAUGAAAUACAAAAACAACAAAAAUUAUUAAGUGUUAAUUUGAGUCAAACACCACAAACACAAACUGAGGCAUUUUUACAGCAUGAAGUUGCUAGAUUAACAUCUGAAAAUUUGGAACUUCAAGAGAGAUUUGACAAAGUUUUUGAAGAAAAUCAAAAGCUCAAAAAACGAUGUCGAAUACUUGCAAAACGUCUUCGUGAUGCCGGCCAUGAGGAUAAUGAAACGAGGGAUAUCCCUGAACCAAAACCACGUCUAUUUAUGAUAACUGGUGCCGUACCAGAUAGCUCAGAUGCACCAUCAAAUCAAUCGGACAAUUCAGCUCAAUCAUCAUCAACAAUAAAUGGUACUAUAAUGCCAGCAAUAAGAAAAAAAGAACGUGAAUACGAAGGAAUGUUUGAAUUCAAAAAAGAACAUAUAACAGCAAUCAUACGUAAUCUUGUUGUUGAUUUAAAUCCAAAAAUAGCAGUAACAUUAUUACCAGGUUUACCAGCGUACAUUAUAUUCAUGUGUAUACGUCAUACAGAUUGUAUUAAUGAUGAUGAAAAAGUACGUGGUUUAUUAACAUCAUAUUUAAAUGCUGUAAAACGUGUAUUAAAAAAACGUAGUGGUGAUUUUGAUUCAGCUGUACUUUGGUUAAGUAAUACACUUAAACUACUUCAUAAUAUGAAACAAUAUUCUGGUGAUAAACCAUUUCAAAUUGAAAAUACACCACGACAAAAUGAACAGUGUUUACGUAAUUUUGAUUUGAGUGAAUAUCGUGUUGUUCUUAGUAAUGUUGCACUUUGGAUAUUUAAUAGUAAUAUUAUGACAAUUUUGAAAGAAAGAAUACAAGCAUUAACAGUACCAGCAAUACUAGAACAUGAAGAAAUAACUGGAUUAAAUUCAAAUAAACCUGGUAGACCAAGAUCAUCAUCAAUGGGUGAAGAGCCAGAAUCAACACAACAAAAAAUGGAUAAAUUAUUAGAUGAAUUAUUUGCUGUUCAUAAAACCGUAUUAUAUCAUGGUGUUGAUCCUGAAAUAAUAAUGCAGUUAUUUAAACAAUUAUUUUAUUUUAUGUGUGCUGGUGCACUUAAUAAUUUAUUAUUAAGAAAUGAAUUGUGUCAUUGGACAAAGGGUAUGCAAAUAAGAUAUAAUUUAAGUCAUUUAGAACAAUGGGCUAGAAAUCAGAAUUUAUCACCGGCUGCUGAAGCAUUACAGCCAAUUAUUCAAGCUGCUCAAUUAUUACAAGCAAGAAAAACUGAUGAAGAUGUUAAUUCAGUUUGUGAAAUGUGCAAUAAAUUAAGUGCUAAUCAAAUUAUUAAAAUAUUAAAUUUAUAUACACCAGCUGAUGAUUUUGAAACAAGAGUGCCAGUUAGUUUUAUUAAAAAAGUACAAGCUAAAUUAGACCAACGGCAGGAAAAUAAUGAUCAGCUACUUAUGGAUCUGAAAUAUUCUUAUCCGAUUCGAUUUCCAUUUAAUCCAUCGAACAUACGCCUGGAAGACAUUGAAAUACCAGAAGUUCUACAUCUACCUAUGCUCAAAAAGGUUUAAGUUUCAACUUAAUAUUGCAAUUAUUGCAAAAAAAAAAAAACAGUAAUAUAAAAAAAAUAUAUCUACUGAUUAUUUCAUAGU